AUGGGUAGUGGACAUACCUUCCCCAAUGCUGCCGAGUUCCGUGAUGCCGUUUAUUUGAUGUCAAUUGCUAAUAGAUUCCGUUAUCGCUUCAAGAGGAAUAGUACGAAACACAUGACAGUUGUUUGCACAGUUGCUCAAUGUCCUUGGAAAGUCACAGCUCGUGCAAUUGGGGAUUCAAACAUUGUCCAGGUUCACACUUUUCAUAACCAUCAUAAUCAUAGUUUGGAAGAUGUUGCUGCAUGCCAACCUUUAGUGAGAUCUAAUCGGGCUUCAUUGCUUAUUGAUGAUGUCAUCCGGUCCACUCCCAAUUACCAACCCCGCCAAAUUUGUAAGGACUUUCAAAGGCAACAUGGGAUGCAAUUGACGUAUCUUCAAGCAUGGAAUAUCAAGGAGAAGGCAAAUGAGCGCAUUUAUGGAGAACCCAAAUAUUAUUACAAAUUGUUGCCUUGGAUGUGUGAGAAAAUGGUUGCAACAAAUCCGGGAAGCAUUAUUGAGUUGGGGCAUUCAAGUGAUGGACAUUUUGAGCAACUCUUUGUUGCUCAUUCGGUAUCUAUCCAAGGGUUUGCAAUGGGGUGUCGGCCAAUCAUAGCUAUUGACUCCGCCCAUAUGAGUGGGCCAUAUAGGGGUGCAUUAUUUUCGGCGACCACAUACGAUGCUAAUGAUGCCAUGUUCCCCUUAGCCUUUGGCGUGAUGAGCUCAGAAAAUUAUGAUGAUUGGUCUUGGUUUUUGCAAAAUUUGAAGAAGCUUGUUGGAGAUAAGGAAGUCGUUAUUAUCUCGGAUAGACAUCCCGCUCUCCUUCGUAGUGUUCCUGAAGUGUUUGGGCUUGAAAAUCAUGCCUACUGUUACCGUCACUUGAAGGAAAAUUUCAGCUCUUUCUUGAGCAAACAUAACACAAGAGGGAACAAAGGUAAAGAAAAUGCACUCCAAUUCCUUGAUAGUAUUGCCUAUGCAAGGUUAGAGCACGAUUACAAUGUUUCCAUGAUUGAACUACGGAAAUACAAUGACGCUUUGGCCAAAUGGGGGUUGGGAAAUGUUGGGCAUCCUUGUGAACAUGCGGCAGCCGUUAUUCUUUCCAUUGGUCAGAAUGUUGUUGAUUUUGUUCAAGAUUGGUACAAAUUCCCAAUGCAAGAGCUGAUUUACUCGGGCUCCUUCUCCGGUAUAGAGACCCAUGACAUGCCAAUGGUCGGUAAUGAUGGUUUGGUUCGAUCUAUCACCGGUGAAGUUUUCCUCUCUCUUAACCCACCCCAUACCAAGCGGCCUCCCGGCAGACCAAGAAAGAAGCGCAUUGAGUCCCAAUUUCAAGAUAAACGGACUGUCUCUUGCUCAAGAUGUCAUACUUCCGGGCACAAUAGGAAAACGUGCAACAACCCUUUGUCUUAA